CAUCGCGACCAGGUCCGGUGGUUUCCUGGAACAAUCUCUCUGUACAGCUCACCAUGUGGCGAUCGUCACUUCCUCUCACGCCAUUCCUGGACCUCGCGGUGCGACCGCACGGCCGCUGUCUCCGAUGCCGAUUCCUUUGUUCAAUUACCUCCUCCACCACCACGCCUCUCCGCCCGGUGACCGCAUCACGACGCCUGUACAGCACCCCGAGCCCGGAAAAAAAGCUGUCUGAUCGGCCCCUAGGUCGCAAGGCGGUCGAGUUCCAGCAGAAUGCCUCCUCAUCAGCGCAACCGGGUGAUGAUGACUUUGUGCCCCCGACGCUCGACCGUCCCAUCGGCUCAGUGAUUCCCCCCAGCGAAGGGCAGAACACGGGGGUGGACGACCGAUCCCUCCGCAAGCGACGCGAUGAUUUUGUAAACUACGAUCGUCACAUCACCCGACGGCAGGAACUUACAAAACAGGUCGCGAAGCCAUACUUCCGUGAGUGGUCUAACAUGAAACAUCAACAAGGCAAGACAUUUCGAUCAAAUACGCGCCUGUUUAAGCGGGACAAGGCGCUCUACUUCCCCAACCUGCAGGGUAUCACACUGGCCUCGCCCACGGCACCGCAGGACACCACGGCAGUGCUCCGGGGUCGGGUAUCAGUUGUGAGCCUGUUCUCAAGUGUCUGGGCCGAGGCGCAGGUCGCGACGUUCACGGGGCCGGAGCAGAACCCGGGCCUGGCUGAGGCCCUGGCCGGCGGCGGGCCGGCGGCGCAGAUGGUGGCCAUCAACCUGGAGGAGAACAUACUGAAGGCGUGGCUGGUCCGGACAUUCAUGUUCCGGAUGCGGGCCAAGCUGCCGCCGGCGCAGCAUGAGCGGUACUUUCUGGUGCGCAAGGGGCUGACUGAUGGGUUAAAGGAGGCAAUCGGGAUGAUGAACAGCAAGGUGGGCUACGUCUAUCUUCUUGAUGACACCUGUCGCAUCCGCUGGGCGGGCAGCGGGCCGGCGGACGAGACGGAGCGGGAGGCAUUGAACCAGGGGGUGCGCCGCCUAGUGCAGGAGCAACGCGUCCGCGCUGAGUCCGAGGCGCCGGCCGCGGCGUGGACCGAGGGGACUGGGGGACUGGCCAGUCGCCAGCCGCGGGUGGUGAUGCCGUAG